AUGUCAGAAACCAAAUCGCCGGAGCUCAUUGAGACACACCUGGAAGAACUAUCAUCCAAAAGUGUUGACAUCUAUGAGGUUAACGAGGACAACAAGGGCUGGUAUACCAAGAGACUUAGAUUAGGUGCUUUCAAGUGCCUUCCUUACAAUGCCUCAUUUGUUCAACUAUUGAUGACUGCAUUUGUAUGCUUUCUCUGCCCGGGAAUGUACAACUCUCUCUCGGGUAUGGGUCAGGGUGGUGGUCAAGUUGACACUUCUACAUCAAAUAUUGCCAGUUUGUCACUUUCGUGUGUGUCUACUCUGGGGUUUUUUUACGGUUCCAUCUGUAACAAGCUUGGUGUCAACAGGACAUUGGCCCUUGGUGGUAUUGGUUAUUCCGUAUACGCUGCUUCCUUCCUAUGCUUUAACAUUACAGCCAACAGAGGUUUUGUCAUUUUUGCAGGUGCAUUGCUUGGUUUUUGCUGUAACUUCUUGUGGAGUGCUCAAGGUUCGAUUAUGAUGUCAUACCCUACUGAAGGGAACAAGGGAAAGUACAUUUCAGUUUUCUGGAUUAUUUUCAACUUGGGAGCCGUCAUUGGAGCCAUUAUCCCCCUGGCUAACAACAUACAUGUUACUACCGCUAAGCCAGUUGCUAAUGGCACCUACGCGGCCUUCAUGGUUCUCAUGUUUUUAGGAGCAGUCGUUGCUCUCUUCCUUUUACCUGCUGGAAAGGUUAUCAAGUCAGACGGAACUAGAGUCAUCAUCCAAAAGAACCCCUCUUGGAAGUCUGAGAUCCGUGGCUUUGCGAGUAUUUUCAGAACUGACACUUACAUCCUUUCAUUGUUUCCGUUGUUUUUUGCCUCGAACUUCUUCUACACCUAUCAACAAAACGAUCUCAAUGCCGCGAAGUUUGACACAAGAACGAGAUCACUCAACAGUUUGCUGUACUGGUUAUGCCAAAUGUUUGGUGCGCUCUUUUUUGGAUACCUUCUAGACAUGCCCUAUCUCACAAGACCAAAGAGAGCGCGGGUUGGUAUCGUUGUUCUGUUUUUGUUGACAAUGGCGAUUUGGGGAGGUGGAUACGCAGUUGCCAAACAGUACACAAGAAAAGAAGCCUCUGCAGAUGAUUGGGUUGUCAUGGAUUGGGAUACCUCUGGUUAUGUUGGAGUCAUGUUUUUGUACAUGUUCUAUGGCGCAUAUGAUGCCGUGUAUCAAACAUUUUGCUACUGGCUGAUUGGUUCUUUGACUAAUAACUCCAGAAAGCUGUCCAUCUUUGCCGGAUUCUACAAGGGUGUCCAAGGUAUCGGAGGAAUUGUGAUUUAUGUUAUGGACUGGAAGCUUGUUGAAUAUCAUGCAAUCUUUGGAACCACAUGGGGCAUCAUAUGUUUUGGUAUCUUGAUGGCUUUUCCAAUUGCUUUCCGUAUGGUCAAGGAUUCCACCGAGCUGGAGAAAGAUCUUGAAUUCAGUGAUGAAACACUGGAGGACGUCAUUCCUAAAGAUAAGCUUGAGGUUUAUCUUUCUAACCACGAAGAGAAAGUAUCUGUUUAA